GAGUUCGUUCUCACGUAUUACAGUUUGUCAAUUCUUAUGCGCAUAAAUUCGCUCACAAUGUCGAAUUGACGUCUCCACAAGUAAGAAGAUAUGCGGCUAGAAAAAGGAAGAAAAGGGCCCCUUACGUUCCAGCAAAUGCACUUCCUUUUGUUGGUGCAGUGUCUGUGGUGAAGGCAAUGGAAGUAGGCUGGCCCAAUCACACAUUCGAAUUACAUAUAAAAUUAAGAUCCGAAAAAGGUGCGCAAACGAUCCGUGGCUCGGUUAACUUACCAAAAUCUAUGUCGAAAACCGCUCGUUUUUUGGUAUUUGCGAGGGGCCCGAAGGUUGAAGAAGCUUUAGCGGCUGGUGCACACGUAGUCGGUGGUGAAGAAGUUGUUACAGAUAUAUUAGAAGGUACAUUCAAAUUUGGCGAAAUUGAUAGAUGCAUAUCUACGAUAGAUAUGUUACCAUCAGUUUUAAAAAUCGCGAAAAUAUUGGGUCCAAGGCAAUUAAUGCCGACGGUAAAGAAAGGUACUGUGACAGAUGACAUUGCCGGCACGAUUAAAGAGAUGGCCGGAAAAUUUGAAUUUAGGAAUGAUAAAUCUGGAAUUAUUCAUGCGGGAAUCGGGAAGUUAUCUUGGACCGUGAAUGAGUUGAAAGAAAACAUUCGAGUCCUAUUGAAUGAAAUAAAUGAUAUAGGAAAGGCACACGCUUCAAAAUCAUCCACUAAAA